AGGCGGCGCGGGCCGGUGGUGACGGCGGGUCCGGGCGGCCAUGGCGCACCGGUACCUGCUGCUGGCGCGGGGCGGUGGCUGCCGCCGGGGGCUGCCCGGGGCCCCGCUGCAGCAGCUGUUCUGCGGGCGAGGCCUGCUUGGGGGGACAAGGCCCUGCCUGGCGCAGCUCUGUGACCAAGUUACCCCUGGAGUUACUGCUGAUAGAAACACUGUUUUGGCGAGUGUAAUCGCUGCUUGCAGAAGGCUUUUCUCUCAACCUCCCAAAGGAUUUGAAAAGUAUUUUCCCAGUGGGAAGAAAUCUAAUGGAUCUAAAAGUACACCUGGAGAAACAAAAGAAACAAAGCAAGCUACUUCCAGACAACCCAGUGGGACUAGUAGUGGAGGAGGUGGCAGUGGUGGAAAAAAAGGUGGCAAGAAAGAAGACACUAACUGGUGGACCAGAUUGCAGAAGGGUGACAUUCCAUGGGAUGUCAGGGAGUUUCGGAUGUAUGUAGUGGGAAGUUCUUUUUUCUGGACAAUGGUGGUAUACUACUUCUUCUUCAGGGUCCCUGGAAGAGAAAUCACCUGGAAAGACUUUGUCAACAACUACCUUUCUAAAGGAUUGGUGGACAGACUUGAAGUGGUGAACAAGCGCUUUGUCAGAGUCAUCUUUGUUCCUGGAAAGUCUCCUCAUGAAUGGUACGUCUGGUUUAAUAUCGGUAGUGUGGACACUUUUGAACGGAAUCUUGAGACUGUGCAGCAAGAUCUGGGAAUAGAAGUGGAGAACAGAUUGCCUGUAGUCUACUCAACAGAGAGUGAUGGAUCAUUUCUUCUCAGUUUGCUGCCUACAAUUCUGAUUAUUGGUUCAUUGCUGUACACAUUAAGAAGAGGUCCUGCAGGCUUAGGUCGGGCAGGGCGUGGAAUGGGUGGACUUUUCAGUGUUGGUGAAACUACAGCCAAAGUCCUUAAAGAUGAAAUAGAUGUUAAAUUCAAAGAUGUAGCUGGCUGUGAGGAGGCAAAAUUAGAGAUAAUGGAGUUUGUUAACUUCCUGAAAAAUCCCAAACAAUAUGAGGAUCUGGGAGCAAAAAUUCCAAAGGGGGCAAUUCUGACAGGUCCUCCAGGUACUGGGAAAACACUUUUGGCUAAAGCCACAGCUGGAGAAGCCAAUGUGCCAUUUAUCACCGUCAAUGGCUCAGAGUUCUUGGAGAUGUUUGUUGGUGUGGGUCCAGCACGAGUUAGAGACUUAUUUGCUCUGGCUCGAAAAAAUGCCCCCUGCAUUCUCUUCAUUGAUGAAAUAGAUGCAGUAGGGAGGAAGAGAGGAAGGGGCAACUUUGGAGGACAAAGUGAGCAAGAGAACACACUCAAUCAGCUUUUAGUAGAAAUGGAUGGAUUUAAUACAACUACAAAUGUAGUAAUUUUGGCAGGUACUAACAGGCCAGAUAUUUUAGACCCUGCUCUUAUGAGACCAGGACGCUUUGACAGACAGAUUUACAUUGGACCCCCAGAUAUAAAAGGAAGAGCGUCCAUUUUCAAAGUUCACCUUAGACCUCUGAAAUUAGACACUGUCUUAAAUAAAGAUAACCUAGCAAGAAAGCUUGCAUCGCUAACACCUGGGUUUUCUGGUGCUGAUAUUGCUAAUGUUUGUAAUGAAGCUGCUUUAAUUGCUGCAAGGCAUCUCUCAGAUGCUAUAAACCAAAAGCAUUUUGAGCAAGCAAUUGAAAGAGUUAUUGGAGGUUUGGAAAAGAAAACUCAAGUACUCCAGCCAGAGGAGAAGAAGACUGUAGCAUAUCAUGAGGCAGGGCAUGCAGUUGCAGGAUGGUUUUUGGAGCAUGCUGAUCCACUGUUAAAGGUAUCUAUUAUUCCACGUGGUAAAGGACUGGGUUAUGCUCAGUAUUUGCCCAAAGAACAGUAUCUUUAUACCAAAGAGCAGCUACUGGACAGAAUGUGCAUGACUCUGGGAGGACGUGUAUCUGAACAAAUCUUCUUUGGAAGAAUUACAACUGGUGCCCAAGAUGACUUGAAGAAGGUGACCCAGAGUGCAUAUGCUCAGAUUGUUCAGUUUGGUAUGAAUGAAAAAGUGGGGCAGAUUUCCUUUGAUCUCCCUCGUCAAGGAGACAUGGUCUUAGAGAAACCUUACAGCGAGGCAACUGCAAGGUUGAUAGAUGAAGAAGUGCGGUCGCUAAUUAAUAUUGCCUAUGAAAGGACAUUAAAUCUGCUGACUGAGAAAAAAGCAGAAGUGGAGAAGGUUGCCCUGAGGCUACUGGAGAAGGAAGUGCUUGAUAAAAGUGACAUGCUAGACUUGCUUGGCCCAAGACCAUUUGCAGAAAAGUCUACUUAUGAAGAAUUUGUGGAAGGUACAGGAAGUUUGGAUGAGGAUACUUCAUUACCAGAAGGCCUUAAAGACUGGAACAAAGAGCGUGAAAAAGAAAAAGAGGAGACAACAGAUGAACAGGUCGCUAGGCAGAUCAGAGGAGGGAUGCCAUUUUAACUGAAGUGUGUACCCACAGUGACUUGCACUCUGAAAGAGAAACAAACUCACCUAGUUUGUACUUCAAAACAAAAAAUAUUUAUUCAACCAAACUGUAUUAGGGAUGGGUGGAAGAGUGACCUCUUGGGAUGAGAUAAGGAUGUUCGGCUUCUGAUGUACAUGUGUGAGAUCAUCAGUUCACUGGUAAAAGGUGAUCGUCUUUUGUUUGCCAGCAUACAAGGAAUUUGAGCUGCAGUGGAAUGCCAGAACUGAGCCUCUCAAGCAUUGGAACAGUACAGAUUCAUGCACAGACUUUGUGGCACUGGUCUUUUUUUAUUUUUUUUUUCUUUAAAAUGUCUGCAAGCUUAUAAAAAUCAAAGGUUUUUUGAUUAUUUAUCUAAACUAUACCUGUAUGUGACCUGUUUCCAAAAAGAAAAUCAUAAAAAACAUCAUCAAAUGUGAAAGUCUGGUUGUACAAACUACUAGCUUUGCAAAGCUAUCAGCUCUUUCAUCUGACCCUUUCCCCUUCAACUCAUUUUGAUUUUAGAGUUUGACUACAGAGAGCUGCCCUGUAAGUUGACAGUGAAACUGGACACUUGCUUAAAUAUAUUAAAAUGUACUCAUGGUUCAGUGUCUAAAAUUAAGUCUGAAACUGUUUGGCUCCUGCAGUUUUACCAGUCAGUUUUUUACAGUGUUCUGUAAAAUAUUGAACAUAUGAAUGUGUUGUGUAAAUACAGUUUGAGUCAAUAAAAACAGUACUUUUCUGAACAAAGCUUGUCUUUUUUUUGUCUUUUUUUUUUCCUGGUUUCUGGGUAUAGAAUUCAAAACAAUGCAAAACUCUGUUAAAAUAGGGUAACAGGGUUGUGCUUACAAAUACAAGCAGCAACCAAAACCAAAGGUGAUAAAUCAGAUUGU